AUGACAUCGUUAUACCCUUCAGCAAAUGUUACAGGCAGCAGUGUAACUAACUAUUCUCUUGAAAAGGAUAAAAUGGGAAUUUUUGGCUCACAAAGUUUAUCUAUUCUGUUACUUUUGCUCAUUUGCUUUUUCAUUGUGGUCACCGUGCUGGGCAACAGCCUUGUGAUUGUAGCUUUUAUUGAAGACAAACGACUAAGAAACAGGAGCAAUUUCUUCCUUCUCAAUUUAGCCAUCUGCGAUUUUUUCAUAGGGGUAUUCUGCAUCCCACUGUAUGUGCCAUACAUCUUCUCUGGGAAGUGGCUGCUUGGGAAAUUCCUCUGCAAAAUUUGGCUAGUCAUUGACAAUCUCUUGUGCACUGCUUCAGCUUUUAAUGUGGUUCUAAUUAGUUAUGAUCGAUUUCUAGCUGUCACUAUGGCUGUAACAUAUCGCUCCCAGCAACAACAACAUUGCCAAACGGUGUUUAGGAUGGUCACUGUCUGGGUACUGUCAUUUCUUCUGUACAGCCCAGCUAUUCUCAUCUGGGACUAUUUACACAAUGACAACCUUAUUCCAGAGGACCUCUGCCUCCCUGCUUACUAUUACAGUUGGCACUUUUUAUUGGCAGCUUCUGUUUUUGACUUUUUACUUCCUCUUUUAAGUAUUUCAUUCCUUAACCUGAGCAUUUACUGGAGCAUUAAGAAAAGGAGUAGGAAGAAAGCAAAGACUACCUUAUCUUCAAUUUCUUCAAAUGAAAAAGCGAUGUCAGAAAUACCUUAUAUAAUAUCAGGGGCUCUUGCUCACAGGCCACAAAAUGACCUUAAAGUAAAAACAAUUAUCAUGGCUACGAAGAAAUGUCCUCACUUUGUUAAGCAAUGCUCAUCUAGAAAGACAAAGCGCACUGGUUUGCAAAGUUUUCAGGCACCAAGUACUAAUAUUCGUAUUGUUAAAUUGUCCCAGGACAAGAAAAUGGCUAAAUCUCUUUCUGUCCUGGUUUGUGUUUUUGGUAUUUGUUGGGCUCCAUAUUCAUUCCUUAUGACAGCUCGUGCUGCCUGCCAUGAUUAUUGUAUUGCUUCUUAUUGGUUUGAAAUAACAUUUUGGUUGUUGUGGAUUAAUUCUUCAAUAAAUCCUUUUUUGUAUCCUCUGUGCCAUGAAAGUUUUAGGAGAGCCUUUAACAAAGUCAUUUCUAAGUAUAUACGAAAUGCCCAUAAUGCCUUUAUGGGAUCUACAAACCACUGA